CUUUUUAAAAUUUUUAAGAUCACAAUCGAACCGAAACAGACCGUACGAUUCAGUUCCAUCCGGUUCGAACGGUUCUCCUGAGAGAACGUUGGGGCGAGUUGCGACGUCUACCAAAAUAUACUGAAGCUUAAAACUCGAAUCACUUGGGAGUUCUAAGAGAAUUGUUUCGAAAAUCCAUUUCCCGCCUUUUCUUGGUCCUCACAGUCGCAGUCACAGAUGGAGGCCCUUUACGCAAAGCUAUAUGAAAAGUACAGUAGACUCAAGACGAAGAAAUGGUCGGAGGUGGAUGAGAUUAAUCGGGAACAAGAAGUUAAAUUUAUGAAUUAUGUCUCUGCUGCAGAUGAAUUAAUAGCACACUUGAGAAAUGAAAAUGAGAGGUUACGUGUACAAGUCAAUGAUUUGACAAAUGAAGUUGCUUCAAUCAGGUCUACAAAGCAUGAACAAUUUACUGAGUAUCAAAGGCUUUCAAUGGAAGAGAAACAGAAGAAUAAAGAGCUUUUAGAAGAAAUUGAGAGGCUUCGAAACCUUCAACGGGAGGGACUUUGUUGCAGUGUAAAGGAUGGUAGAAUUGAAAAUGGACAGCUGAAUACGUCUGGCGGCUCUCAAGUUGGAUUGGAGGCAUUCAAUGGCUUAACCAAAAGCAUGACGAGGAAACGUAGCAGGCAUCCUGGGAUUGAGACAGAAGUUUCUGUUUGUCCUAGUGCCAGUGAUCAACUUGAGAAUGCCCUAGUAAUAGGAUCAGCAAAUGAUUUAUCCAAGCAAACCAUGCCCAGUGGUGCUCCUUUGAACAUUCAUCAGCCUGAAUGCUGCCGAAGAAAGAUUGACAGUUCAGGCAGCGGUGCAGAUGUUACUGUCUCUGCCAACUGCGUGUUUCAAGAUCUUGUUGAGUGCUUAGUUGGCAUGAAGUUAUCCACUGUUAUUCAAGCAGAUGAAAUAUGUAUAUCAGCACUUCAUCAAUCGACUGGUUAUUCUUUCAGUCUGACGUGGGUAAAUAAAUCAGACGGAGAGGAAACAGAGUUGCUGUACCGUGUGUUGUCUUUAGGGACAUUUGAGAGAGUGGCACCCGAGUGGAUGAGGGAAGUUCUGAUGUUCAGCACGGGGAUGUGCCCCGUCUUCUUUGAGAGGAUUUCCCGCAUUAUCAAGCUUCAUCACUGACAUCUUUUUGGCCACCCAACUUGUAAUUUUGAUUGCCUUUUCUUACCAUGUAUGAUUAUGCAAUCUUCUGUUUGGCCUGUCAAUGUUAAGAGUGAGCUUUUAUGCACACAUUUAGUGUCUUUUGGCCAUAGACCCAGGAGUUGUACUCUUCUUUUGUUUGAUAUUGAAGCAGCAAUGUAACUAAACUUGUAAAGCAUUGUGUGACAUACUGAGAUUAUACUCCAGGUUAAGUUUGGAUGUCCAAAUUAAUG